UCAAAUGAAUAGGGGAAAGGGAUUGAGUCUACUUCACGCAAAUUGCCCCAACGGGUCUCCUCUUCCUCUUCUUCUUCCCUCUUCCCUUCUCCUGCCCUUUUGCUAUAAAUAAAAAUCAAUCCCACACUUCUCCUCCACACACGCGCACACACACACCAAACUCUUCCUCCUCCUCUUCCCAACAUCAAUCCCUUCGCAUUGUCCAUAUCACCGGGGAGGACUCGUCGUCGCGGCGAUAAGCUUCGUUGCGGUAAUACGGUCACCGGGGAUGGAUAACAAUAAUAAGGUUGGCUUUGUAAGGAACGGCGUGCUGAGGUUGCCACCGGGGUUCAGGUUCCACCCGACCGAUGAGGAGCUCGUGGUCCAGUACCUUAGGCGGAAGGCGCUGUCGUGCCCCUUGCCCGCCUCGAUCAUCCCCGAGGUCGAUGUCUGCAAAUCCGACCCCUGGGACUUGCCAGGGGACGGAGAGCAGGAGAGGUACUUCUUCAGCACGAGGGAGGCUAAGUACCCGAAUGGAAACAGGUCCAACCGGGCAACUGUGUCUGGCUACUGGAAGGCCACUGGGAUUGAUAGGCAAAUUGUGACCUCCAAGGGCAACCAAUUAGUCGGCAUGAAGAAGACUCUUGUGUUUUACCGCGGGAAGCCUCCGAACGGCUCCAAGACCGACUGGAUCAUGCACGAGUACCGCCUCGUGGUCUCCGAUGGCACCUCGCCCCGAAAUGCCCACCUGAAGAUGAACCUUAACCAGAGCCCUGAGGCGCCAAUUGAGAAUUGGGUCCUCUGCCGGAUUUUCCUGAAGAGGAGGAGCAGUACUAAUUUGAAGAAUGAAGACGUGAAGACAGAGGUUCACGAGGACGAAGAAGUUCGUAAGGCCCGAAAGAAUGGCAAGCCCGUGUACUACGAGUUCUUCACUAGAAAGGACAGGACUAGGACCGACCUAAAUCUCGUGCCGUGCUCAUCCUCCUCUGGCUCGAGCGGGCUCACGAACAUCUCCUCCAACCAUAAGAACAAAGGCCUAGAAGAUCAUGAAGAGAGCAGUAGUUGCAAUAGCUUUAACUUCCAGUGUUUUGUAACUAAACCUUAGCAGCAAUAUGGUCCCCGUUUCUUCAUUCGUCGUGCCUUAGUUUCGCAAAGAGAGGUCUUGGAAGAUAAUUUAGUAAUGGAUAAAUCGGCAUUAACUUAUGUUUUCUGACAAAGAAGUAUCAUAACGUACAUAUGUUAGCUGAUUGGUAUUUUGUGUGUAUAAAUCCCCCCGACUCUCAA